CUCCUCGCUGGUAUUUUGUGCAGCGGAGGAGCCAAAGGAGGAGAGCCUCGUGUGAGGAGGAGACCGAGUAGACCCCGCACACGACACGUCCCACGCCACAGCCACCACGCAGAAAGCUUUCUGGUUGCGGGGAGAGAGGGAGGAACUUUGAUCCGAGGCCAAGUGUUUGUCCGCGCGUGUUCCGCCACGAGAACGAUGACAUCGAAGGCUCACGGAGACACAUGAUCUCCCCGUGUCAACAUUUUGGUGCUCUUUUGCUGACAUUCGCUCUCGUCUCAAUCGUCAUUCGCGCGUGAAUGAGGCGGCGUCCUCGGCGCAUUGUUUCCACCUCCUUUUUUGUAUGUGGGAUUUCCAGCCGCGAUGUCUGCAACGUUUCGCUAUUUUUUUCUGGUUCUCCUCAGUCCACUGUCAGGAGGUGCUCAGACCGAGAUGAAGAAGGUAGUCGGGGACAACGCCACUUUACCUUGCCACCACCAGUUCCAAUCAUCUGGCUCGAUUGACAUUGAGUGGCUCCUGCAGAAACCAAACUCCAAACAGAAAGUGAUCAUUACGUUCUUCGGUGGCCACGUGUACACCAACGAGGCGACGAGCACUGAUGGCAGCCGCCUGUCCUUUGCUGGGGAGUACCUGGGGGGUGACGCCUCCCUGCUGAUCAGUGACCUGUUGCUGACUGACUCCGGGGAAUACUACUGCAAGGUCAAGACCGGGGGGAAGUACCAUUGGAGCCAAGUCAACCUCAUUGUGCUGGUGAAACCCUCAAAGCCCAGAUGUUGGAUGGAUGGCGACCUCCUGGAAGGUAGUGACGUCAAACUGAGCUGCAAGUCCAGCGACGGUUCUGACCCUAUCAACUACAAGUGGGAGCGAGUGCUGGACAAAGGCAAAAGUCUGGGCAAACUGCCAAACUUGGCACUGAUAGAUCUGAAGAACCCUGAACUUGUGACCCUGAGGAACCUCACCAUGGACAGUACAGGUGUCUACAGGUGCACAGCCAGCAAUGAUGUGGGCGAGGAAAACUGCACCAUUGAGGUCACAAUGCAGCAUGUGAGGGAUAUGGGCAAGGUAGCUGGCGCGGUCGUGGGAAUUUCCCUGGGUGUGCUCAUCGUCAUAUUAAUUAUUUGGCUUGUCUUCCGAACAAAAGAGAAAAAGAAGUACGAGGAAGAGGAGACUCCAAAUGAGAUAAGAGAGGAUGCCGAGGCUCCCAAGGCAAAGCUGGUGAAGCCCAAUUCCCUGUCUUCGUCCCGCUCUGGCAGCUCACGCUCAGGUGCCUCGUCGACCCAGUCGAUGGUGCACAACAGCGCCCAACGCGGGCACCGCCCCCGCCCACCUGCAGUUGCAGCGCUGAAGGAAAAUGGACAACCUCUGGGCUUUCCCCAGUCCCCUCCGGCUUACACCACAGUGGUGCCGUCCAAGACCCCCGAGCCCCCCAUCACUCCCAAAUUCAACUCCAGGAAUAUGUCUGGGCCAACACCCCCGACCCUGAUGGUCCCCGCCCAGACCAAGGCCUUUCAAACUGUGUAGGACUGAAAGUUAACCCCUGUCCAGACUCCCAUCCAUACCCCACAACCUUGCACCCACUUCCCAAAAGCUAAGACUCCUCCAUAAACAAAGAAAUGCAACUAGUUAAAAGGAUGUAAUUAAAAAUUCAAUACUAUAAGUCCACAAGUACUUCUAAUGAAUGCAUACUUAAAAGGGAAAAUAUGAAAUGCUUGCCCCCUACUGAAUUACAAAAAAAACACACACAAAAAGAUCAGAGAAAAGGCACUGUUUGUGUCUUAUGACUCAAGGAAGGAAGCACUGUGAGCGGAAAGCUUAAAGCCCCCCCCCCCUCCCUUGUUGAGUAUAUAUCUAAUCUAAAUUUUAGGCAUGUAAUGGAACAUAGGGUGAAGCAUUCAAAACUUGGUGAAAGUUGAAGUAGCCCCCUCCCAAUACGGGAUGUACAGAAAUGGAGACUGCAGAUAUUUUCUUAUCCAGCAGGAGGAUGAUUAUGAUGUCAUCUUCUUCCAGCAUCAGAUCCAAAACCACAGACCCCAUUUGCCACCCGUGGGGUGACCCAAUUGGGCCCAUUCGUGCGGACAGACGCAGUAUUUCAGUGUGUGUGUGUGUGUGUGUGUGUGUGUGUGUGUGUAAUUGUGUGUUCAACAUCAACCUCUCUCAUGAGAAACCCACAACGAAGCUACUUAGACUCCCUCAUCUGACUGAACAGCCCAUCUGCUUUACCACCAGCAGGGCAAACUUCACAUCGCACUAACAGUGGAGUAUUCACCUCUUUUCUGGUACUGAAUACCUUAACGUCUAUUAACUACAUAUACUCGGCCUAUAGAUGGACCAUGCUUUCCGUAUAAGCAUCAAUAGCUGAAGUCAAGUAUAAUACAGUAUUUGCCACCAAUCCCUAAUGAGACGUAUUGUUUUUUUCUUUGUUUGUACACAUGCUGCAUUUAAGAAAUGAAACCAAAAUGUGUCACCAUGAAUGUGUGAUGGAUGAUGAGGACCGAUGACAUUGUUUUCGCUCCCAGAGAGGUACUGAAUUAAUCAGCUCAUAGACGUAUCCCGAAGUGGAGUUGUUUGUGUUCUCUCUUCCUGGUGUGAUAUUCACUUGAGUUGAGUCAAGUCCGAUGUAUUUAUACAGCACUUAAUCACAAAAAGACCCUCAAGUCCACUGUUGACAAAUAUUAAUGGCAUCCCCUGAUCUAAACCUGACCAAGAGGAGAAGGAGAAAAAAAAACCAAAAUUACCUGUUUUCAGUCUUGUACUGCGACAUAAAAUUAAUGAAUAACAAAGCUGAAGUGAGCUUUAAAGUGUUCUAUUAUUUACGAUCGUAGUCACAUCGUGCAGUAUGACGGCACCGUUUCACAGAAAUGAUUCGAUCCUAAGUCACAGACGCAUUGCUGAAAGCACGAAAACGCACCAUCUGAGAAGUUGGGAGAUGUUAUGAGAGGCAGACCAGGCAGGAGAACCACAGCAACCGAGCGCGUUGCUUCGUAUGGUUGGUGUACGUAAUAAACAACACGUACGACUCAUUAAAUCAAGAAAAAGACGGUCUUGACGAGACAUUGUGAGCUUCAGCACUCGAGACUACGUAAUCCCCCCAAGAUAAAUGUUUACGAAAAAAAAAUUACGGUACUCAGCAGUUGUUGGGUUUUUUUUCAUGUUCAAAGAGCUACUUUUCGGAGAAGCAUCAGACGCAAUGCCAGGAAGAGAGAUGCCACUCUGUUGUUCGGCUCAUUAGCAAACCAGUCCUCUCGUUUGCCUCUGUCAGCUUCUUGCAGCCUCCGCUCUUGUCUGCUUCCCUCAGUCUGUCCGCACCUUACUUGUCUCAUUAUAUAAUGUGGUGAAUUAGUGAAGAUAACCCAAAGAAGAGACAAGGCCGAAGCUUUUAGACAUCAUCGUGAGAAGGGUCAAUUAGGCCGAAUAAAAGGAGUGGGAAGACUCAUUUCAGUUGUAAAAGAAAAUGCAUCGAAAUAAGUGUCAGGACUCUCAAUGGAUCCAUAAUAAUGGGGUGGCAGUCAAUGGCUGUCUGGCUGACUCAGCGGGCUCUGGUGUGUUCUUGGUCCGCUUUGGUAUCAGCCAAUGCGCCUUUUGUCACAUCGUCACAGACCCGGUGCAGUUUGAUUGAACGUAUCUUAAAAUAGAGCAAGUAGAUUUUCUAUCAGUGUGCCUUUGCAAUCCCUUAUUCCUUUUCACACUUUCUUUCUUUGUCCUUAUCUUCACCACACCGACUCAGAAGGUCUUUCGCGAUAAAUAUCGAUGCUACUUCAAUAAGUCUCCCCGGGGGAGGAAAAAAAAAAAUGAGGCUUUCCAAAAUGGGGCACUUCAGAGCAGUUCAAAGUAUCGAUUAUUGAGAAAGCAAUAUCAUGCCAUGGGCAAUGUACUGUACAUGAUGUAAUCAGUAUUGUUUUGUAUUGUACAUACGGAUAGAUAUAUGCACAUGAUGUCAUUUGCUUUGAUAAAUUAGGGUACAUGAUGGGAGAUUUGCUUCCUCUGCAGGUAAAAGUCAAACGGAAAACCCAAAGGUGAAUUCAAAACAUGUUGUUUUGUGUUCUAAAUCAGUGGUCCCCAGCGUUUUUUUUGUUUUGUUUUUUUUCCGCCAGAGUUCGGGCCUUCAUGGUAGUACAGAUUUUUCACGGAACAGCAACCAUUGCCAGUAAUUGCCAAGAGGCGGGUGGUGGUGCUCACACAUAUUCCCAACUGGGAUGUGUAUGUUCCAUGCACACACACACACACACACACACACACACACACACACACACACACUUUUCAAAUUACAUCCAAGGGAAAACUGAAGUCAAGUCAGUAAAAACAUGCACCGCUACAACAGGUUUAGACUGUGGAGCAUCGUACUGCACCCUCCAAGAUUAAGACAAUCUAAUAUUACCACGUGUGUUUAUGAGGCACAAUACAAGAAAUUCAGUGUAGUACCUGCUUUUGAUCAUGGAAAAUUGUUGCGUCAUUCCACUUUGAAGGUUUCACUUAACAAGUGAUUUGUUACUUGUUAAGCUUCGGUGGCGGUCAUGAGAGUUGGCCUUAUUUUGGAUGUUCCUGGUCAAACAGAAGUGAAGUUGGAAAUUGAUAUUCAAAUUCUUGAGAUCCGUGGGGGAACCAAACAUGUACUUUGACUUCACGUGAGGGACUUCCCUUCUGACUCGCCUGUCAAGGGAGGCGGAAAGAUGCCUUUUCUAUUAAACUACAGACAGCAGUUCGUAUCCGACCAGGGAAGCUUGCGUGUGUAUGUGUGCAUGUGAAUAUGAGUGUUAGUGUGGACGGUGAGGGUGCGUGCAUGUUAUUUCAGUCUAAGCCCUCGGGCCACGCCCACACACACUCUAAAGUUCGCCAUUCGGCGAACGAGAGGGGAUCGAGACGGGCAAAGUAGCCGUUAAUUUACGAUCACCUGAAUGCAGACUGUCAGUAUUUUCAUUUGGACUGAAGUCAAUUGAAGCUUGCCUUCCAAGCGGCAGCCAUAUUUACGCUUGUGGGGGAGGGGUGUGUUGAGACAAGUGUGUACAUAAUUCAUCAGUGGGCUUCAUGCUUUUACACUUGGCCGCGGGGUGCGCACACACAAUAAUAUUCUAUGUACAUGCAAAUACUAUAUUAAGUAGUUAUGCAUGUGGACAAAAGUCUUGGGACGGAGCCUACCUCUUGAGCGAUUAAACUGUAAGGUUGGGCUACGCUUCUUACAAAGUAGAUUCGUGGAAUUCUGAAGAUGCCUUCCAAGUUGCUGGGAAGUCGGAAAUAGCCUAUUUGAAACCCCGAAGGUCAGACUGCAAAGGAUAUUCCAAUGGAAAAUAAACAACAACAAAAAAAAAAAAAUCCGACAGGUACAUGACAGACUAAUAUAGUCCAAGGGAAUUGGAACGGGAUUGGAAUCAGAUUACUUGAGUGGAAUUCCAGCAGUGUCCCAAUACACUUGAGGUCAGAAUUUCCCAGUUUUCUGGAAUGCAGAUUUACGAUUCUUGAACAUACAAUUCGAUGCCUCCACCUCUGUGGGAACACUUUGAGGAAAGCCCAGUGAUCAAAAAAAAGGUCCCUGGUCUGGACGAAUGAACACCUCGAUAAAUUCUUCGACAUAAUAUGGAUCUAGUGUAAAGUUGUAAAGCCUUUACCAGAAGACUGGAUGCGGUUCUGACUGCUCCAGCUUUUCUGUAGCUUUCUGUGUGUGUCCAGAUAUUUUUGUCUCUGUAGCUGCAUUUCCACAAGCACGCAGGUGCUCACACACAUUUCUGUUCCUUCAGAGUCAGCUCGAUGGAUUGGAUGUUGGGCACUAUUAGUAUGAACUAAUAGAAGUAGUGACGCAGAUAAACAUAGCCACAGUAACAGCAACACACAGGCACUAGCAGAGACAUCUGUUGCAUUUCAACAGUGGCGGAUUCUCCAAGCCGUUGCUUGUCAUAAGAUUCUGUCAGAGCACUGUAGCGCUGGGAAUCAGGAGGAGCUCCAAACACGAUUGAUAUCGAGCCAAAGCUCUCGACAUUGAAAUUCCCCUCCGCCAUCGAUGAAACAAUAGCAGCGGCAACGGCGGAGGAGGAAGAAAGGAUGCGAGCCUUCCAGCCGUUCAAACUCCUCCAAGCGCUUUGACUCAGGUGGCAGAUCCCCGAUUUCAUCCUCUCAUGUGCGGCGCUUUCUUUCAACAGAUUUUCACAAUCUCAGUCAUGGAAUCAAGACCACACACACAGAGUGUAUCGUCUUUUAGAACAGUAUUUCAUCGACACUGUAUGUGUAUUGUCUCAUCAUCAACACUCAAGUGUUAGGUUAACCUGUGUCGUGUGAUAACCACGUUUUUAAUGUUUGUUUUAUUUCCGACUUGAGGGCAGAGCGAAAUGAUGCUCAGACAUUUGGGCCUCGGAAUGUGACGCGUUUUCCCCCAAAAUGACGGACGGUGCUGAAGUCACCCUGGAAAAGGGAUGUGAAGGGACCUGCAUGUCAUACGAAACUGAGCAAAGGAAUGAGAAUGCUUUGCUUUGAUGUAUCAUACCUGUAUUUGGGUAAGGAAUUGAAAAAAAAAAUCUACAAUUGUAAAUAUAAAAUUUACGAAGCUUUAUUUUUUUGGUCUUAUUUUCAUCUUUUUCAUUUGCAUCCAUGUACUUUGCACUUUUGUGUGUGCUACACUCAUCAUGGGUCUGUGUGGGAUGUGUGCGGUGGGCUGUUUCUCCUUGACGACAUAGCAAAAGCGUCAGGAGCAGACACGCUUGCUCCAGCGGUACUUAAGGGUACAUGCAAGACACUUUUGUUUCCUUUGGCGAUCAUCCGUUUCUUUUCUGCAGUUGUUCGGUUUUGAGUCACCGUGCUGAAUUCUUUGUUUGAUUGAUGACAAAACAAUCCAUGUAAAUAUCACAAUUUUAAAAAUGUAUAUUUUUACGACUUAUGAGUUAUUACUCUUUCAUUUGCAAAUAAAAUAUUCAAUGACAACCAA